CACACUUCCCCAGCUAAUUGUCGUCCAACUGCCCAUGCUUUGGAGAAUUCUUUUGUUGCAAGAAUCCCCAAUCAGUUCAAAGGCGCUGUUGUGACCUGUCACAGUCUCACUCCACUGCAACACACCCACACUCCAAUAAAGCAGAUGUCUUUCUUGAGUGGGAUCAAUAAUAAUCUGUCAACUUUGGACUAGAUUAGCCUAGCCACCUUAAGUUAACAAACACACCGUCACUGUUUUUCAUAACCUGGUUCCAUUCUUCACAGGCCCCAAGAACACAAAGGGGAGGGUGAGGAGGAGGAAUUUUCUUGCCUCCUUUGCUGCAAUUUUCUAUCCCAAGCAGGCUCAGGUGGCAGGCAUGUCCUCAGAGGCUCAGAGCAGAGGCAUCCGGCAUCCCUUCCACUGCCACUGGCAAUUUGGUUCUGUGGGAAGCCAGGCUGCCUCAUGCUUCUUCCUCGCCUUGGCCUCACCCUUGCUCGCUUACAUGUUUGAACACGGAAGAAGCUCCUGAACCUGUUGCCGAGGAGGCCCUGGGCUUGCGCUGCCUUGGCAAUGGGGAUGGUUCUUGUUGCUUCCUCCCUGGUGCUGCUCUUGUUCGUCUCCGCUUGCGGGCCGGCAAGUGGCCUCCUCUCCCCCAAGGGCGUAAACUAUGAAGUUCAAGCUCUCAUGAUGAUCAAGAACUACCUCAAGGAUCCUCAUGGCGUGCUGAAGAACUGGGACCAAGACUCUGUGGAUCCUUGCAGCUGGACCAUGGUCACUUGCUCUCCGGAGAACCUUGUCACGGGCCUGGAAGCACCAAGCCAGAAUCUUUCUGGCAUUCUCUCCCCAAGCAUAGGGAAUUUGACCAACCUUGAGACAGUUCUUCUGCAGAACAACAACAUAAACGGGUUAAUCCCGGCAGAGAUUGGCAAGCUAACAAAACUCAAGACGCUUGAUCUCUCCAGCAACCACUUCUCUGGUGAAAUCCCAAGCUCAGUGGGCCACCUUGAAAGCCUUCAGUAUCUGAGGCUUAACAACAACACACUAUCCGGUGCCUUCCCGUCAUCGGCAGCUAAUUUAUCACACCUUAUUUUCUUGGAUCUGUCCUACAAUAAUCUAAGCGGUCCAAUCCCAGGGUCCCUGACAAGGACAUACAACAUUGUAGGGAAUCCACUGAUUUGUGCAGCAACUACGGAACAAGAUUGUUACGGAUCUUUACCGAUGCCAAUGUCUUACAGCCUGAAUAAUACACAGGGUACUGUGAUGCCUGCGAAAGCUAAGAGCCACAAAGUUGCAAUUGCAUUUGGUACUGCAACUGGCUGCAUCAGCCUCCUCUUCCUUGCCGUUGGAUUGCUGUUCUGGUGGAGGCAUAGGCGAAACCGGCAGACUCUUUUCAACGUUGAUGAUCAACACAUAGAGAACGUCAACCUUGGAAACAUGAAGCGGUUUCAAUUCAGAGAGCUGCAGGCUGCAACAGAAAGCUUCAGCAGCAAGAACAUAUUAGGAAAAGGUGGUUUUGGAAUCGUUUACCGAGGGCAACUCCCAGAUGGAACUCUUGUAGCCGUCAAGAGGCUCAAAGAUGGUAAUGCUGCAGGCGGGGAAGCUCAGUUUCAGACCGAAGUUGAGAUGAUCAGCUUGGCUGUGCACAGGAACCUCCUCAGACUCUAUGGAUUCUGCAUGACUACCAGUGAGAGACUACUGGUCUAUCCAUACAUGUCGAAUGGGAGUGUCGCUUUGCGCCUGAAAGGGAAGCCACCACUGGACUGGACCACCAGAAAGAGGAUCGCACUUGGUGCAGCAAGAGGCCUACUGUACCUGCACGAGCAGUGUGAUCCCAAGAUCAUCCACAGAGACGUUAAGGCAGCAAACAUACUGCUAGAUGACUGCUGCGAAGCCAUUGUCGGGGACUUUGGGCUUGCAAAGCUCCUAGACCACCGUGAAUCACAUGUUACCACAGCUGUGCGGGGAACUGUCGGCCACAUAGCCCCUGAGUAUCUCUCUACUGGCCAGUCAUCUGAGAAAACCGACGUCUUUGGUUUUGGAAUCCUGCUGCUGGAGCUGAUCACGGGUCAGACUGCAUUGGAGUUUGGAAAGUCAUCAAAUCAGAAGGGAGCCAUGUUAGACUGGGUGAAGAAAAUGCACCAAGAGAAACAGCUGGACAUACUUGUCGACAAGGGCUUGGGGAGCAAAUAUGACCGCAUUGAGUUGGAGGAGAUGGUGCAAGUGGCGCUGCUAUGCACCCAGUUCCUCCCUGGCCACAGGCCCAAGAUGUCAGAGGUGGUCAGGAUGCUCGAGGGCGAUGGCCUCGCAGAGCGGUGGGAGGCGUCACAGCACACCGACUCGCACAAAUUCAAGGUGCCCGAGUUCACCUUCAGCCGCUGCUACUCUGACCUGACGGACGACUCGUCGCUGCUGGUGCAGGCAGUGGAGCUCUCUGGGCCAAGAUGA